UUUUCCUCGGGAUUCAUAGCACAACACUUAAGGAAAUUUACAGUUUGAAAUGUAUUAUGACUGGACUUAAUCACGAUGAAGAUCUAAAUAUGAUCUUCACAGUCAAGCCAUCGCUAGUCCUAGCAGAGAGAAAGAAAGAAAGAAAGAAAGAAAGAAAGAAAGAAAGAAAGAAAGAAAGAAAGAAAGAAAGAAAGAAAGAAAGAAAGAAAGAAAGAAAGAAAAGAAGGUAAGAAAAGAAAGUAAGAAAAGAAAGAAAGAAAAGAAAGAAAGAAAAGAAAGAAAGAAAAGAAAGAAAGAAAAAAAGAAAGAAAGCUCGAGCAAGAACAAAAGAGGGAAUAAAUAGUAAUAGGUCUUUCUAGUGGGAUUAAAGCCUAGUCCUGCAAAGUACCAGUCAGAGGAUUGAUUAUAAACACUGUUUUAAGCCCUUUUUAUACUUCUGGAUGAAUUCUAAAUCAUAACUGCACCACGGUUUGGCAUCAUAUAGGCCCAAUGGAAAAUAGUAAUAAGGGGCAUGUACGGAACUUCAGAGAUUUGUCCUAACCUCUUAAAUUUCUAUGACGAUAGUACAGACAUGUGUUUCUACUUUUACACAUAAUAUAAAAUGAGCAUUGGAAUAUACUUUAGUGAAGAGCUGGUUAAACGCAAGAGCUAUUGAAGUCAGGAGACGUAGGUGUACGAAACCAACCGUGUAAGGAAGCUUUUUCGGUUUUGAACUCUCAUUUUCUCACGCAUAAGAUCAAUAGAUAUCUAUGUCAUAGACUAAAAUUAUUUUUUAACCUAAAAAGUCCGCCUCAAAUAUUUCGAGCUUAGGCGUGAAAAGAGAAUCGAACGUUUUCACAGCAGGCAUGUGGAGGCUUGCGGUGGGCUCGGAACGCCAGCUUUUCAGAUCAGAAGGGCGUUCUUCGAGUAAGACUGUAUUUAUAGAAUUUAGUAAAUUGUGGGAUAAAUCAUGUGAAUUUUCCUAAAACGAUACAAAAAAAAAAAAAAAAAAAAAAAAAAAAAAAGGGGAGAAGUCCUUUAGUGCUCUUUGGUGUGGGGAAGGAAAGUCUAUAUGGUUAUACACUUUUACGUCUCGAAGUACCUCGUCGCCUUAGUUUUCAGUAUUCUUGUGGACAGAAAAAUGAUGGUUUUCAGUUUUGUUGGUAGCAAUGCAGGGUUAAAACAGUGGUUUUCAGAAAGCGGAAAGACUGGACGUAUGAUCUCUGCUGGACUCUAUUUGCAAUAUGUAGCUGGAGGGCCUCUUUGGGUGUCCCAGGUCCCUUAGAGGACAAGUACGUACCGUCCUGUUUAGUUUUUAGAACAGAAGGGAAGAGAACCCCGAGGCUCCGCGUACCUGCACCCUGGGGAGAAAUCAGCGUUAUUCUCCAGGGAACCAGUAACUCCCCAUCCCCGGGCCCGCACCCCCGCCGGGGCUGGCCGAGGGGGCUCUGGGGGUGCCGAGGGCUGCUCGGGCGUCCCUCGGGCUUGCGGCUAAAACUGAGAGGGGCGAGUCUGGAGAGGGAAAAGGCGGCGGCAGGGGGCUGCCGGCAGCGGGGGGCUGCCGGCGGCGGGGGCUGCCCGCGGUCGCUCUGCUUUCUGGCCGCUCCCGCAGCGGCUCGGGGCAAAGAGGCCGUGCGAGCCCUGGCGAAAGGAGGCACAUAGAGAAAACAGGCUCCGGAUCCCCUCGCUGGCUUCCUCACGAACCCCGGCGAGCGGGGUAUGAUGCCCCGUGUGCCCAGGUCUGAUCCGGCCCCGGCCCCAGCCCUGGCUAAAUAGCUCGGGCGAUGGGAUUGCGGCCGUCCUUCCCCGGGGUCGGCAGGCCGGUUCCAAAGGCGUAUAUAUGUAUAUAUAUAUAUAUAUAUAUAUAUACACAUAUAUAUGUAUGUGGCAACGAGACCGCUAGGCCCCUCGGUCCUUCCUUAUUUUAUGCCAUGCGCGCACAGGGCCUUCGCCUGGGAGCUGAGAGCGAAGCGGGAGCCUUCCCGGCAGAAGGGCUCGCAAAAAGUGCCGCGGCUUCAUUUCUCGAGCGCCGAGGAAAGGGGUCGAGGGAUUGGGCUGUGGCGACGGGGGCAGCCCCCAGCGCUUGCUUUCCCCCGGUUCUCUGGGAAGCCGCCCGGCCUCGGCCGCCCUGCCCGGCGGCGCCGGUGCUGCGCCGGAGCAGGUGCCGCAGCCCGCCGGUGUGCCGGGCCGCGGACACCCCCUGGCACCCGCGGUGUCCCCCCGGCUUUCCAGGGGGACAGAGGGGAUGUGCGGUCCUCGCAGGGACGAAUCCCGGUGGAACAAUUCUUCCAAGAUAGGCUGGGCCCUAAUAAACACACUGGUGGGGCAAACAUGAUGGUGUCGCCUCCUCCUCCUCCUCCUCCUUCUCCUCCUCCUCCUUCCAGCUACAAAGUGUGGAUUCAUUAACCCGUCUCCUUUUCUCAUCAUAUCCCCGUAGGGCUGAGAGACGAAUUACUGAAGCUGAAUCGGGAGGGGAUUGCUCUAUAUGGGGGCUAAUGUUUCAAUCAGUUCCUCCAGAAGGACCACACAAAAAGAAACUUUUUAGUUUAUGGAGCUAUUAUGCAGAGUUUUAAUCUAGGGAUAGAUUUAGCCAAAUGUUAUCUAUUGGGAAUUUAAUGAAGCCCUUAUGUAUUCAAUCGCUUUUUAUGCCACACACAGUGUCUCUAUCCAGAAACGUUUCCUUCUACAUAUUUCUUUGUUUCUGUUGGGUGAUUUAUAUAUUUUUAAUUAGUUUUUCUUUAAUUAUUUCUUCUCAACCAUCUUGUAUAACGUUUCUCUCAAGCGGGACUGCGUUAGGUCCCUUCCCACAUCGCCUAUGAAAGAAAUUUCCCCUUCCCUCCCCUGUUUCGGAGCUGAUUACUUUGCACGUCCGCACGCUGCGCCCUUCCCGGUGGAGCGCUCCCCCCGCGGGGCGCAGAGGGGGCCGACAUCCCUACGGCUCCGCCGGCACCGGGAGCCUGGACGAGCCGCGGGGCCCCCCUGCAAUGCUCCCCGGCCCUGCAGCAUCCCCAGCAGCAGAUCCUUUGGGCCAUUCGCUCCUGGUCAUUUUUCUGCUGCAGCGAGAGGCAACCCCAGGCAGCCGGAGGGUUCUCCGAGGCGGCUGCUGCCCCCCGCAUCCCCGCAGACUGGUUUCAAGCACCCAGGGUCAGCCCCAUCCCGGGUCCCGGAGGGCAGAAGGGGAGGCGAUGGCCUCACCUGCUCUCCGCUGCUGCCUUUCUUGCUGUGCUGGUGGAGAGGGAGGGCGCACGGCGGCCCCCGCCGCUGCUGGGGCCUGUGCGGGGGAUCUGUUGGAAAGUGGUUCUGGUUUAAUGGCCCCUUGGCACGGCCCGGAGACUCCGCUCUGUAUGUAAUACUUUCCUUCAUUACUUACACUUGUGACCAGCGGCUCCCCCUUCCUCUGCGAAGUUUCUCCCGCUUCCUCUUCGGCGCGGAGCCGGGACGGGCCGCACGCACCGGCGGGAUCCCGGUGCCCAGUGCCCGGUGCCCGCCGCUUGUGCCCGCUGCGGGCGGCUCCCAGCAGGAGAGAAAAACCGCCGCCCGGCACGGCUUGCCGCGGAGAUCCGGAUUCGACCCUAAAAAGAGAGAAGAGGCAAAAAAACAAGGGGCUUGGAGCCGCGCAGCCCGGGGCAGGCAACCCGACGGCAAAACCCGGUGCAGCACCUCGGGCACUGCGCGGCCUCCCAGGAGCGGGUGCUCACCGGGACCGCCCCCCGGGAGCCACGGCGGCGACCCGGCGGACGUGGGGCCGCGGAGAGCCAAGAAAGUAGAGCUAGAGUGGGCCGUACUCAGGAUUUUUAUUAUUAUUAUUAUUAUUAUUAUUAUUAUUAUUAUUAUUAUUAUUAUUAUUAUUAUUUAAUGCAGGGUCUCGCCAAUUUCAGAAAUGAUAUUGCUGAAGUGAAUUUAGACGGAAAGUGUUUUU